CUCCCGUGACUCUGCUCCCUCCCCCACCCAGUCCUUCCUGCUCCCUCCCUCUAUUCUUCCACUUCACUUCCCCCUCAAUCACUCGCCACCCACCUCCUUCCUGCUCUGCUCUCCUUCCACACCACAUUCCCGUGAGUCUCUCACCGCAGAAGACUGAGUAGAUCUAGGAGGGCGCGAUGGGUUGAGGAGCACUCCCUCGGUGUGGAUGAUUUGCUUGCUUAGUUGAGCAGCGAUUCCUCACCUCCAUCUGGCAGCAAGCAGUAACUUAUAGAGGUGCGGUACUGAGAGAUCUCUCUGCCUUGGAUUUGAAGAGAGAGGGGGGGGGGGGGGCAUGGACACUCUCCUCGGCGCGGCACAAUGGGUCGUGGGCAAGGCGCUGGCCCCCCUUGUCGAUGGCGUGCUGGAGGCUUGGAAUGGCAGCAACGAUUUGGGUCUCACCAUCGUUGCUCGGAGUAGGGAGCUCCUUCUUGUAAAGGUCACCCUCGAAACUGCCAGCCGCAAGCAGAUCGGCGGCCAGGCCAUGGAGGAGCUGUUGGGGAAGCUGCGGCACUUGGCGCACUGCGCCGAGGACUUACUGGACGAACUAGACUACUUCCGCAUCCACGACGAGCUCCAUGGCACAUACGAGGCGGCCGACCACCAUGCCAAGGGCGGUGUCCACGACCUUGUCCUCAAUAGUCGUCACACCGUCAAGGCCGUUGGCAAACUGGCAUUUGUAUCCUCACGCUGCUGCUGGUCUGCUACCAGCCCUGCAGGUGAUCAAGUAGAGGAUGCAAGACAACAGGUUAGCUGUUCCGCUUGGCCGCGUGCUAGGAAGAGAUCACACGGCAAUUCCUCCUCAGCGUCAAAUGCCAAUCAGGAGAUCAGCGGAUGCAUGCCCAAGCUCGGUAAACUCCUGCCUUGCUCAUCUUCCCCAGAUGUUCCUGAUGAUAAUCCUGUCCAGUCAACUAUUUUUGGUGCGCCACUGAGAGAGCAUGCGGAAGAGACACCAAUGCAGGAGUUUAACAGGGCUGUUAUCUCAGAGAGAAUGAAGUGCAUUGUAGAGCAACUACAGCCCUUGCGUACAGAGUUCACCACUAUUCUGCAGAGUUGUGGCCAUAACACUGUUCCAGGCAUUACCCAUGGUCGUCCCCUCACCACUGCUCGAAGUAUAGAGCCAAAAUUGUAUGGGAGGGAUCAGAUCGUGAAAAACAUCAUACAUGAUAUAACCAAGGGUAAAUGUCAGAACAAGGAUCUAACUGUGCUUCCGAUUGUCGGUCCGGGUGGGAUAGGGAAAACAGCUCUGAUACAACACAUAUAUCAUCAUAAAGAUGUCCGAAAUCAUUUUCAAGUACUGAUCUGGGUAUGUGUAUCCCUCAGUUUCAAUGUAAGUAAGCUGCUUGAAGAUAUUAAAAAUGAUAUCCCUGAGGUUAAAGAGGAAAAAGGGGGUAAACCGGAUGAGUUGAUUGAACAAAGAUUGAAAUCUAAAAGGUUUUUGCUUGUAUUGGAUGAUAUAUGGGGGAUUAGUACUGAGGAUGAUUGGGAAAAGUUAUUGCUGCCACUCAAAACAUCAGAAGAAAAGGGCAACAUGAUUCUACUCACAACCCGGUUUCCAGCAGUAGCAAAGAUGGUUGGAACAAUUGACCAUUCAAUAAAUUUGGAAGGUUUGGAACCUAACUAUUUUAGGGAGUUAUUCCAUGCAAUUGUCUUUGGUGAUGACCAAUGUAGACAAGAUCACAUUUUUUUGCUUGAGACCGGUGAAAAGAUAAUGGUAAAACUAAAGGGAUCCCCGCUUGCAGCAAAAACUGUUGGUAGAUUACUGAGAAAAGGCCUUAAUUUACGUCAUUGGAGAAAGGUAUUAGAAAGUAAAGAGUGGGAGAGACAGACUGGUGAAAAUGACAUUAUGACUGCCUUGAAGCUUAGCUAUGACUAUCUUCCUUUUGAACAACAACAAUGUUUCUCAUAUUCUGCAUUGUUUCCCGAAGAUUACGGAUAUAGUGCCACCGAGCUAAUCGACUUGUGGAUAGGACUUGGUAUUUUGCAACCUGAUGGUCAGAACCCAACAUUGGAAACUAAAGGUUUGAAUAAUUUAAAUGAUUUGGUCACACAUGGAUUUUUCAGAGAAGACAUUUUUUGUGGUCGUCUGCGUUAUGUAAUGCAUGACCUACUACAUGAUUUAGCAUUGAAGGUUGCAUCAAAUGAAUGUCUUACUAUGCAUCAUUCAACUGUGGGGCCUGUAGAAAUUCAUCCAAGCAUACACCACUUGUCUAUAAUCGUAGAUGGUAAUGAUACAGUGUCUCAUGAAAACUUCAAGAGUCAACUGAGAAAACUGAAGACAAGAUUGAAGGUUAAACAAUUGCAUACUUUGAUGUUAUUUGGAGUUAUGGAUGAAAUCAUGGCCAACAUUUUGGGUGAUUUGUUUAGGGAAGCAAGUGCUCUUCGUGUUCUCUGCUUGGUUAAUAUGUCGCCUUCUGUGGAGUCCAUGUUACAUAAAUUUCCAACACUUAUCCACCUACGAUACCUACGUCUGGGAAAAAGGUACGGGACAGAGAGGCAUUUACCACUUGCCAUUUCUAGAUUUUAUCAUUUGAGGAUUCUGGAUCUAAGAUGGCAGUAUGACUGUCGUGAUUUGCUCAAAGACUUGAGCAACCUUGCAAAAUUGUGUCGUUUUUAUACCCCAACAGAUGAGUUACAUUCUGAUAUUUUUAAUGUGGGAAAACUUAAACUCUUAGAAGAGUUGAAGAAAUUUAGAGUCAAUAAAGAAAGUGAAGGAUUUGAACCAGAGCAACUAGAACAUUUGACCGAACUAAGGGAGCUUGGCAUCUAUAACCUUGAGAAUAUACACACGAAAGAAGAAGCAGCCAAAGCAAAAGUGAUAGAGAAAAACUACUUGGAGAGGUUAACAUUGGAUUGGGAUAGUAACCGGUCUAAUAGUGAGCCUGAUGUGGAAGCAAUGGUUCUUGAGAGCCUUCAACCACAUAAAUAUCUUAAAGAAUUGUGCAUUAGAGGGCACAGAGGCCCUUUUUGUCCAACAUGGUUGGGUGAUGAGCCUGAUGUUGAACUUCUACAAUCUCUUCAUCUCGAUGAUGUUUCAUGGGAAAAUCUUCCUUCUUUCGGGAAGAUGUUGGAUCUUCAUACAUUAAUAUUGAAACAUAUUGCCGCAAUGAAGGAGUUUGUCAUAGAGCGAAGCUUUUCUAGGCUGAUAAGGCUUGAACUUGUUGGCUUGGAAAGUUUUGGAGAAUGGGUACUAUCACAGGAUUCUCAUCAUAUGUUUCCUCUUUUGCAAGAACUGAUUAUAAGGGACUGUCCUAAUCUUUUGGAGCUGCCAUUUUCAAACCACAUUGCUUACCCACCAGAUCAAGACUGGAACAGUGAUUCGUUUGCCAAAUUGCAAGUGCUUGAGAUUCAAAACUGUCCAGAAUUCUUGUUAGUGCAUCGUAUCCCGUGGACUGAAACUUUACAUAGUGUCUUUAUAAUGGAUGUAAAGCUACUACAAGACCUAGAAUAUACAAAGUACGACUCAAAAUCAUCCAAAUUGGUGGUUACUGGGAAGGAUGAACUGCGCAGCUUAGAUCAGGUGUUAGCAUUCAAUAACCUGACAGGGCUCGAGUGUCUGGAACUUGACAAGUGCCCACCUCUAGAGUUGAAGCACAUUGUGAUGUUAAACUCAGUGAAGUAUUUGGAUGUAGUAUCAGGUGAUCUGGUUGGGCUAUUAGGUCGUCAGAAUGAUUUUGAAUGGCAGCUCCCUGUUGAGCAUCUUGUGGUCAAGGACUUACGUGGUGCUAGUGGGAAGCAAUUGACAGAGCUCCUCUGCCACCUCCCAAGGCUCUCCGAAUUGUAUAUCAAAGAGUGUAAAAAUAUAACAAAACUUACAGUGGGGGUGGAUCUGCAACAAACAAUAUCAGCAGCAAAAUCAGAGGUUGAGCAGGAGAAAGAAGAUGAUGGGCUGGUGCUCUUCCCGGCCAAUCUCUCUAACUCACUACAGCUGUUGGCCAUCGGGGGAUGCCCAGAACUGGUCCUGGUGGACCCUUCAAGUUUUAUUCCUGAAAGAGGAGGAGAGUUCCCAGGCCUGCGAUCCCUCGAGAUGUUAGAAAUUAUUCACAACCCCAAGAUACUAUCUGGCGUCUCGUUUUCCUGCUGCUUUUCCCCGUCCUCUCUGCAAGAGCUCCGUCUCGAACAUGUGGAAGACAUGGGGACGCUGGAGCCCCUCUCAGACCUCACAUCUCUCACCCGAUUACAAUUGUCGGAUUGCGGAAAGGAUCUAAGAUGCAAGGGCUUGAGGCCUCUCCUUACCGCCGGGGGACAGCUCACAUCAUUAGAGGUCCGCGGCAGCCCUAGAUUCUUUGCUGGAUGGGAUCCUAAUCAUCCUAGUCAGGUGAUGCAGGACGGAGGAAAAGAGCAGGAGCUGCAGCAACUACAGCUAGUUUCCCCUCCGAGUUCAUCCAAACUGCAGUUUCUCCAUACAGAUGAGGCCAUGGGGCUCCUUGUUGUGCCCAUCUGCAGCUUCCUGUCCUCCUCCCUCACCCACUUGCACCUUGAUGGGAUCUCCCAAGAGAUGGAACGCUUCACCAAGGAGCAAGAGGACGCUCUCCACCUCCUAACCUUCCUCCAGCACCUCCAGUUUUAUGGAUUCAUCAAGCUUCAGAGCCUCCCUUCAGUACUGCACAAGCUUACCAACCUCAAGCUAUUAAGGGUUGUGGUAUGUCCGGCCAUCCGGUCAUUGCCCGAGGAUGGCCUCCCCAAAUCACUCCAAGAAUUAGAUGUAUACGCGUGCCGCAACGAGAAUCUAAAACAGCAGUGCAGGGGGUUAGGGGGAACCAUCCCAAAAAUCAAGCUGUAAGAAUUUGACUGACCCAAGGCCUGUGCCUUGGAGACCCCCUCGUACAUUCUUCUAGUCUUGUAGAGCUCAACUCUCGCCACACAUGCACACUUGCCACAUGGAUGAGGGUCUUUGUGGCCAUCUUCUUCCUUCCUCUACAUAAAUUUGGUGUUCUUAUGUUCGUUCUCAUAGGUUUCUACGUACUUUUCAACUGCAUUUGGGUUUUCAUUACUCAUCGAAGACUUGGUGGUCUACUUGGCUAGUUCGGGUGUGGAAUUGAAAUAUCACCAUGGCAUAAUUCAGGAAUGAAUUAAUACUUCGGUGCUACACUACAAAUAUAAUGGCCAUCUUCUUCCUUCCUAUUAAUAAAUAUGUUGUUCUCAUGUUUGUUCCCGUAGCUUCCUACAUAUUUUCUAUGUAAUUUCGGUGGCCGUCACUCAUCAAGAUUCGGUGGUGUACAAACUGUACAUGAUUAGUUCAAGUGUCAAGAUCAAAUAUCACCAUGGAAUGUUGUAGAAUAAAUCAGGCUUCGAUGUUCUGCUCCUGAGGUCUGCUUGUGAUAUGGAUUUUAUAGGAAUCACAUACUCUAUUAUGUUCCAUCUUUAAGAGAUAUCAGGUCUUAUAAAUAUUCUCUUUUGGUAAAAAUCACCAUGCAGUCCUAGACAUGAUUUGCAUUUCAGGUGAUGAGGAAGUUACCGUUAUUGCUUAGUAAUAAGCAUGUAGGUCAUCCGUUCGGCCACAUGAGAAUGGUACCACCCAGUGGAUGCAACUUCCUCUGUUCAGAUAUCAGGCUAUCACCAAAAGAUUCAACAAAGAUUCUUCUUUUGCUUGAUAAUUGUGGCCGGAUGCAACUUCAGAACUACACAACGCAGCAGUAGAGUGAAGGAUGUCACCUGUGCCAAGAAUUUAGUUGCUCCAUGGUUGCUUAUACGCGGAUAUUACGUGACCAGUGACUGAUCAUUUUGUUGAUCAAUCUCCUUGGAAGCAAAAGGCUGGAAUUGGCAAGAAAAUGUGGUUGGUUCAGGUAGUCUUCUGACACUGCAACAGCCACACGGUUAUGAACUGCAGGGUGCACACUCGGCCUAGGCUGCGGUGAUCGAAACCAUCUUGAGCUUACACUGGUCAACUCAUCGGUCAGAAUUUGCCGCGGCGAUUAUCUAAUCAGGCUAACCCUUUUUGCCUUCACAUGGUGUGUGGUAUACAUACUAUGAUGCACUUUUCUGUUUGUAUGGUAUCUUCCCCGGGCGGAAUUGUGGCAAGGCAAGUACUUGGAGUUUUUGGUUGGCCCCUUUGCCAGCACAUGUGGAAGCUACUCGCAAAAUGGCCAACGCUUCCUUGACAACCAGAGAAGUCCUGCUUGAAGUUGGCCAAUGGUCUUCAGCGUCAGUACCGGAGAAAUUACUUACCAUGCCUCUCCAUCUUUGAAGAAUUCCAGACCUUCCAUCACCGGUGCACUUAACUAACAAUGGUCAACGCGCGGCCGCCCUAGUAUCCCUUGCCGGAUGUCUGCCGUCUGCUAGCCGGCGCACUGUACCGAAGAAAUAUAGGAAUGAAAUUACAAGAGCAUUAAUUCUGAAUCCCCACACCCCCAAGUGUACCAGCCCAUGAUGGCCCGCCCAUGUAGACGAGUCGUAUCAUGUUCACAGCCCAGCAACUGAAUUGCUGUAUUGGAUGCCAUAUUGACGCCCCUAAAAAAAUUCCCUAUUGACCGGAAAA